CUUGUUGUCAUAUUUUGUCAUUUGUUUUGCCACUGAAUUGAGUGACAAUUGAAUGCAUUUAUGAGAAGACAUGUCAACAACAAAACCAAAGUGAAAAUCAGUUUCGGAUCCAUUGUGUGCUGCGAAGAGACCACACUUUUGGGUGACAUAACGAUCGGCGCGAAGACUGUGAUCCAUCCGACGGCACACAUCGACGCCUCCAAAGGGCCCGUCAUUAUCGGCGACUCGAACCUGAUUGAGGAGAGGGUCCGUAUCAUCAACCGAGACACCCAUCCAAUGGUCAUCGGUUCCCACAACGUGUUUGAAGUGGGCUCACACUCGGAGUCACCACAGAUGGGCGACCACAACAUCCUGGAGUCCAAGUGUCGAGUGGGCCCUCAGACACGACUGUCCAACGGGUGUGUCAUCGGCGCCAUGUGUUGCGUCGAUUGCGACGAACUCUUGGCCGAGAAUACAGUGAUCUUCGGCACAGACUGUCGGCGACGGACACAACACGAGAGGCCACAGCCACAGACCUAUCAACUCGACUUCCUCAGCAAAAUUCUGCCCAAUUAUCAACGCAUUGAGAAACCAAACUUCAAGCAAACCAGUCCUACCAGUCCUCUCACUACCAGUGCCUCGUCCGCCACACCCCUCUCACCCAACAAUUGAUUUCUUAUAUUUAAUAUUCACUUAAUUUAUUAAUAAAAUAUUCAUUUCUUCUCAUUAA